UAAUACGUGCUUUUUUAACUUCGGAAAAGGAGGAAUCAAGUUUUGCGAUUAAUGAAGAAGACUGAGAGCGUGACAGGUGUGUUUUAGAUUAUGAUCUAGUUGCCUUUUCGGGCGCUAAGUUUAUCAGUGUGCUUCAUUUCACAGUACAGAAACAAGCCGGGUGUCACUCGGCAGCUUGUGUCUUGAACGUCAGUUAAUUUGUGUUAUCAAAAAAGUACCUGCGUGGGUUUAAAACACUUUUUCUUGCACAUUUGCAUUUGAGGACAUACAUAUGGAAACACUUAGUACAGCAUGUGCUUGUGGAACAGGGACGAUGAACCGUCUAAAUUUUGCCUGUAAGUUGCUUAUCUUGUAUGAAUAUAUAACUCAUACUUUAGGUAAUAAACUACAUCCUGCAAAUUUUACAGACGUAGUGCAAAUAUUUGCAUUUCGUAGAGAAAUGGUUGUCGACAUGGUAUUUCUGGAAAUUCUUAAGCAAUGUAACAAAAAUAAGCUUCUUGCGAUUUAGCAACUCGUGUCCGUUUCAGGUACCCGGUGAUUGAGGGCACAUUUCGGCGGUUUUGAGUAGCAUGCCUUAAAUUAUUUACCGUUUCAUUGAUAUGAAAUGAGUAAUACUUCCUGCAGUAAUGGUGAGACCGGAGUAAAGCAGGUUCUCUUUGUGCUCUAUGCUUGCUCUUGGGUUCUCAGGCUGUCUGUGCUCCACGUUCGUUGCCUCACUUCACUGUCGGCAUGUGGUGUUGCGUCAUUGACUCUGUUUGUUGUUCGACGGGUGUGUUAAUUGCCUGUGGGUCUGCACUUCCUGGGCCGCCCUUGUGUUUCUGAAGGUCCACCCCCGCCUGGGACCCUAUGCCCCUUUGGUCCCAUGGUCCCUAGUCUGUUUCUGUGAUAAUGGCCGCCUUGCGCCUACAGCCGUCCUGACUCAUUCCUUUGAGGUGAGUGAGUUUAUCAGACUCUUAACAAGUCUGUUGUCUGGAGGUGGGAGAGUUAGCUGAGUCUGUCUGCUGUCCGUUGUUUUUGUUAUUAUUUUUUUUCCGGAAUUGGCAUCAUUCUCAAGUGAGUAGGAGAGAGAAGAGCCCCGGCACUUAGACCACUGAAAUAUUACUUAAGGCUGUUUCAUCCUUUAGACACCACUCUCAUGAAAUGCAGGCCUCCUGGAAUAGGAAUCAAAUGGUGGUGGGAAGCAGUGCUGCUCUCUUGCCUGGGGUUUGUGCGUCUCCAUUCGAAAUCGGGGAAGGCAUCCUUGUCCUCCCAGCUAUCUUACCCACAGCUGCAUCACCACAUAAUUGCGUGUCCAGCUGCUGAAGGUACUGAAGGCUGUCCUUUUCCCCGAUGUUCUUUGUGCAGCGUGUUUUUAAAGCAAACAGCUUUGUAUUCUUUUCAGCUGUGCAGACAAGAAUCCCUUUGAAGAUACAAACCAAUGUUAACUCUUGGGUUCAGUGUAGCAAACAGUAAUCAUUUACUGUAUGGGCUCGCUUUGUAUCUAUUCUAUAUGACUUGGUCACAUUAGAGGAUUUUAGUUCUAAAGUGUAAGCCAGCACUGGUUUUGUUCCUGAAGCAUUUUUUGGCACCUGCGUUAGUGUGUGAGUGUGGAGAUUUCAGGUCCAGAGAGUUGGUUGAAACAAAAUCUUGGUCUGGAUUUGUACUCUCUGGACCUGGAAUCUCCACCUCUGCUUACAGAGGGAGCCCCCCAGGAAUGAGGUUUGCAUGGUGCUGCUGUAGUAGCAGGGGGCUCCUCCUGCCAGCUGCUGCCAGAGCCCUGGAUGCUGCCAGAUGUUGGCCUCAUCUCUCCCAAACAUGGCAUCAGUUGUCAAGGCAACCGGCCAUCACCUUCACCUAUACGAUGUCACUAUGGGCUAGUGUGCAGAUUAGGAUCCUUGUGCCGGGAUUCAGAGUGGAAGAUUACUGGCUUUUAUUGCGGUGACUCGGUAGCUGAGUGGAGGUUUCGUUACCAUGUGACUCGUCCCGUCUGACCGCCAAAGCAGGAAGUGCAUCUUUGUGUGUGAGGAUUCCCAAAGGCUCAGGCCGUCAAGUGUAGCAUCCAGCACAGUCAACAGUCAAACCAAGCAGGAGUUUAACUAUUUGUCCCAUGGGCAACUAAUACAAAAAAACCUGUUUUUAAAUCUACUUUGGUCUGGCCAUUGUUGUGCAGUUAAGCCUAAAAAGACACCUGGGAAUUCUCAUUUUCCCCAUUCAAGUCCUUUAACUGCAGGUGAUUCGUAAAUAGAGCACAGUGCGACUGCUAAGCACGCGUGUGUGUCAAGCGAGAGGCGUCCGCAUGCUGUUGGCUCCGCCCCCCAUGCGUACUCAUGGGAUGAAUGAUGCAGAGGUCCAUGGCUUCGUAGAUGGUGUCCGUAGCGCCCUCAGAGCCCGCCAUGGUCUUGUCCCUUUUUUUAAAGUGCACUGGUUCAGGGUGCGAGUUCCGGGUCAUGAAAACGCGCCACGUUGCUGUUGGAGGUAGAAGUCCUCCGUCACCCCGUCUCGGGUGUUGGCCAUGAGGGUGUCUCUCUCGGCAGCGCAGGUGAGCGAAGUUCCUCCGGUGGGGUUUAUUUUGGUCUGGCUUGUGCCUCUUCUGGUAGGGGGGCUUGAGGGGAGGAAGCACGGCGGAGAGAGGAGAGUCUGAGUUUGCUGACUCUGCAGCCCUUACCGAUGUCAUUGGCUCUCGUCCACAGGAGGAAACUAGGUUAAAUGAGCAUUAUUGUGGCAACCUGGUAGCACAAGGACUGCUUGUCUGUGUCCUUGUGCUCGAUCUAAAGAGGUAUGUGUAGCGUCAGAGGGAGCAGGCUUCUGUGUGCCGGGACUGAUAGACGGUAAACAAGCUGCCCAGGAGGCCCGGAUUUAGUCCGUCACACCGCAGGAACUCUGUGCGUUUUUCAGUUCUCUAUAGGCAUAGAUAAGUGAUUUCUGAGAGAUCCGGUUCUGGAAAGGAAUCUAUCAGCAUUCUCCACGAAAAGCUGGAAGUGUGUUUACAGAAAGCAGGUGACCGCUCGCAGUGAGUCCAGCCGGGCCCAGUGAGGCCGAUGACCAGCAUACCUUUGGGCCGGUCUGCCUCCGCAUGCACCCCCACGUCCUCCAUCUGAAUGCCAGCGCACGCCUCUCACCCUCCCCCUAGAGGCUGUACCCAUAACCCUGCUGCCAGCCCUGCCCCUCAGCCCACCCCCUCCCCUCCCUGCUCCAUGUGACUCCGGCGACGAGACCAACCCCAGGGCGCCCCCCCCCUCCCCCCCCGAUGGAUCACAGUAGUAGCGAGCAGGAUCAUGAGGAGCCGGAUCUGGGAGGAGCUCGGCAAGCGGCGGCGGGCCGGAGGGCGUCGGCUCCCGAGUGGCGGGUGACACACGGCGCCCUGGGGAAUGUCGGUGUGCUGGGCCUCGGCCUCAAACAGCUCUUCCAACAGCAGCGCCGCCGCCCAUCUGCCACGCCCCUCGGCUCUGGUCCAGAGCCCCCUGAGCCGGGUUCGUUUCUCGGGGAGCCGCCCCCGGGCCCGGCUGACACUGACCCCCCCGCCCCCUCCGCAGCUCUGAGCCGCGUGCUGCAGCAGAUCCGUGGGGCCCCUGGCAUGAAGCGAGGGAGCAGCCUGCAGAGCCGCCGCAGCAAGCCGGCCCCCGGCGAGGCGCCCAGGGGCAGCCCCCAAACCCCUCGGCGCAGCCAGCAGGAGGCGCUGCUGCUGGCCGGCCGACCUCGCUCCUCCUCCACGACUGAGACGCCCAGCAGCCCUGGCCCAGCACCCGCCGAUUCGCCACCGGGCGGGGGCCACGUUGGGGCCGAUGACGCCGAACGGAUUGAGCGGUUAGAGGUCAGUGGCCUGGUGCAGACACCCAACGCAGUGGCUUGUGGUACUGAUGGCUCCUACUCCGUGGAGGACAGCAGCCCCGAUCCCCAGCGCACGAAGCAGGCCAUCACCCAGCUGCAGCAGAAGAUCCUCAAGCUGACGGAGCAGAUCAAGGUUGAGCAGACGGCGAGGGAUGACAACGUGGCGGAGUACCUGGAGCUUUCCCACAAUGCCGACAAGCAGCAGCUCACUCGCAUCAAGCAGGUGUUUGAGAAGAGGAACCAGAGGUCUGCGCAGAGCAUUCAGCAACUGCAGCGGAAGCUGGAGCACUACCACCGUAAGCUCCGGGAGGUGGAACUCAACGGCAUCCCUCGACAACCUAAAGACGUCUUCCGAGACAUGCACCAGGGACUGAAGGACGUAGGGGCCAAGGUCACAGGCUUCAGCGAGGGUGUGGUAGACAGCGUGAAAGGUGGCCUUUCCAGCUUCUCACAGGCCACGCACUCUGCAGCGGGCGCAGUGGUGUCCAAGCCCAGGGAGAUUGCCUCUCUGAUCCGUCAUAGGUUCGGCAGCGCAGACAACAUAGCAGGGCUGAAGGACUCACUAGACGAGCCGCAGGGCGAGGAAAAUGCCAGGGCCUUGUGCAUCAGCAGUGGUCUGCAUUUUGGCAGUGAGGACGACUGCUCCAGUGCCACCUCAGGCUCUGCAGGAGCUAACAGCACAACCGGAGCCCCAGCUGGGCCCCCCAGCUUGAAAACCAACACGCUGGACAACAUGCAAAACUCAGACCUCGACACACUGUUCCAUGAGGUCCGAGAGAUCCACCAGAGCCAGGGCCGCUUGGAGGAAUCAUUUGAGGAACUCAAAUCUCACUACCAUAGUGACUAUUCCUUCAUAAUGCAGGCCCUUCAAGAGGAACGUUUCAGGUGCGAGCGGCUGGAGGAGCAGCUCAACGACCUGACAGAGCUCCACCAGAAUGAGAUCCUGAACCUGAAGCAGGAACUGGCCAGCAUGGAGGAGAAGAUGGCCUAUCAGUCUUACGAACGAGCUCGCGAUAUCCAGGAGGCGCUGGAGGCCUGCCAGACGCGCAUCUCCAAGAUGGAGCUCCAGCAACAGCAGCAGCAGGUGGUGCAGCUGGAAGGCCUGGAGAACGCCACGGCUCGCACCCUCCUGGGGAAACUCAUCAAUGUGCUGCUGGCCGUCAUGGCUGUGCUCUUGGUGUUCGUUUCCACGGUUGCCAACUGCGUGGUGCCCCUCAUGAAGACGCGCAACCGGACUUUCAGCACUUUUUUCCUGGCGGUCGUGCUGGUGUUCCUCUGGAAGAACUGGGAGGCCAUUUCAGGAUACAUGGACCGCUUCCUGCAGGCCCCCAGAUGACCGGCUAGGAAGACUGGUGGGAGGAGCCAAACACCCGAUCAAACAAUCUCUCUGAUGCUGAGAACAAGCAGCAUGGAAACCACAGAGCACAAUAACACUGUGGCAAGAACUGGGAGAGGAGAUGAAGAAAGGGGAUGUUUAUAUUUAGAUUGUGUUUUCACAGAAAGGAGUGGAUUUGUUUACAGUUUUUUUUUUUUUUGGGGGGGGGGGUGAGGUCGCAAAAUUAAUAUUAUUAUGUAAUAUUAUUUUAUUUCCAGAAAUUAAUAACAUUAUGUUUUUGUUGUUGUUAUAAAUAUUAUAAUGAUUAUUAUUAUUAUUACUACUACAACUACUACUGCAUUUGAUUUGGUUGACAUGUAGCAUCGCGCGCUCAUUCCCACCCAUUUCUGCCUGCCCCCC